AUGUCGCUGAAGCUGCCGACGCCUGCGCGUCCGGGUUUUGGUCCCGGUGGCCUCCUGUCACCUGUUGCGCGCACCAGGCCAAUCUUGCCCAAAAGCUUCACUGCAGACUCGCUGCCGCGGCUCGAUGACGAGGAGGGCCAGGAGAGGCCGGCACCCACCUUGUCCUUGCCACGGCGGGUGGAUUCCCCAGAGGUCUCGCCCCGAGGGGCGAUGGCGAAGAUGGGCCUCCCCUCCAUCCUGCAGCGCCGGCACUACGCGCCCUCGCCGCGGUGGACCUGCGCGGAGGAGGUCGACACCUGGUCGCACCUGGAGAGCGAGCGGGCGCUGAAGGCGGUGGAGACCCCGGUGGCGCCCCACCGGAGGCACAACUCCAUCCUGGAUUUUGAGCGGCUCUUCACGCAGUUCUUCGUCCAGGUACGCCCCUCGCGGUGGCGGGGCUUGUGGGCUGAUGCGGGCCCCGUUCAUCCAGAGGAUGUGGCGGCAGCCUGGGCGGAGCACACCGCCAAGUACAUCGUGCGCCACGCCGAGAUUUGCCUGAACUACUGGCCCUACAUCCAGUUGGAGUACGAGUCGGUGCACCAGAGGGUCCUCCAGGAGAUGGAGUGGGCGGUGGAGUGGUCAGGCAAGAGGUACCGCGUGGAGAUCUCGCUGCUGCCGGAGCGCGUCUGCCACCGGCUGCUCUGGGCCUUGGGGGACGCCCUGCUGCCGGACCAGUUCCUCCACGAGAUGCAGCGGUCCUUGCAGGCACUCUGGCAGAACCACCACUUUCGAACCUGCGACUCCAUCCUGCGGCCCUGGGGCACCUUCCAGAUGCUGCUGGUGCUUUGCAGCUUUUUCCUGGUGCUGUGUGCCCAAAGUGCCGACUUCUACGGCCGCGCUGUGUAUGGGGGCCACGGGUUCCAGGGGCUGCACGUGAAGGGCGGCGGCAAUGCGCGCGAGCGUGUGGCAAGGGAGGAGGCCAUGGACCAUCUGGCAUCGCGGCUUCUCUUCCUAGGCGGCUUGGGCCAUUUGUGGAUCUUCUACAUGGUGGCCUCCUUCUUCCCACUGCGCAGCUUGCACAGCCCCUUCCACCGAGACUUGGGGUCCAUGGCGGCGUACUCCAAAAGCUCCCUGAGGGUGAUGCGCGUCUUCUUGCCGCUGGUCUCCUGCGCCAAGCUGGCGGCGCUCUGGGUGCGCUUCGAGCGCCUCCAGCUGCGCCUGCGCCUCCUCGGCGGUGACACAGCGCUGGUGCUGCUGGCUGCCACGCUGCCGCUGCUGGCGGUUUCCGUCUGCGUGGCAGUGCGCUCUUCCUUCUACUCCCACUAUCACUUUAGCUCGGUGCUGCUCGCAGGCAUGAACGGUCUGCUGAGCAUCGGCUUCGCGCGUUACCUGGAGGUGGGCUGGGCCGUGCUUUGCGUGGCUGCCGUGCUCAUGGUUUGGCUGCUGCUGUUCGCCCAGUACACCUCGGAGUUCACGAAGGCGAACCUCAUCAAGGCCGCCCAGAUCCAGUGGGCCUUCGUGCACGGCCUGGUGCUGCUGACCCUGGUCUUGGCCCUGGCCCUUGAGGUGGAAGCGGGCUUCGCGCGGCGGUUCGUGCACUUCUUUUGCGAGUCUCAGACGCUGGUGCCGAGCAAAGUGUGCAAGCGCCUGCUCAGCGGCCACUGA